AAUUUAUUGACGUUUUCCUUAACCACUCCUAUUUUGAAUCACAUAUUUGUUUAUUUCUCAUUAUGUGUCAUUAAUAAAGUUGUUAAUUAAAUUCACCAAAUUCAACCUUUCUUUUUCGGGACUUAUUCAAUCGCAAAUUGAAAAAUAAAGAAUGAGCAGCUAUGGAAAAAAGACACCCACAACGGGGCCCCCAUCAGUAUAUUCCGGGAUUACUAGGAGUUCUGCUAAUUUACAUCGUAGUAGAAGUAUCAAAUCAUUGAAGCAACCUUGGUACAAAAAACCUUUGAUACAAGAAGCCAUUCUGUUCGACGUACAAAAAUCUUCCCUCUUCAUUGGAAUAUUCUCAUUGUUACUCUCCAUUUUUACUGUCAUAACUGCAGUGUUCGAUGUAUAUUGUUAUGGGAUGGCAGCUCCUGGUUCUACACAUUAUGGGUAUUACUUUAUUUCAUACCAGUUUGUUUAUGUCGGAAAUAGACAUGUGAGGAAUAUGUUGGUGAUGUUUGCUGCAUUCUCGUUACUUCUUGGUCUGAUACUGUUUGUCACUAGUAUUAUGUUGAUUUCUGCACUUAGAAAGGAAUACGAGAGAAGGAUGGUGCCUUGGAUUUAUACUUUUGCAGUGUUCUUAGUGUUCAGGUUUCUAGCUUACCUCUUCUUUUCGAUUGUAAAUGACCUCUAUUUUGGCUAUAACUUUUCCAUGUGUGUAUUGUGGACUCUGUUUGUGAUAGUAGGGGCUUAUGGGUGGAUUUUAGUGUAUUCUCUGUAUAGAGAAUUGACAGACUUGACGAGGCUCGAAGAUUUGGCACAUUUGAGGAUGGGCACCAUGCAGUCACUGAAUGCUUCAACAGUCCCGUCAUUAGCAGGAUCCCGUCCGACGACACCUCACAGCACAAUAUCCACCAUGCCAGUGGUUUGAAACAGGUGUCCACACCUUCGGAGGCUGGACCCUCAACUUCUGUGUCUUACAUGACUAAUAUCUCUACAAUAUCAUGAAAUAUUGAAUUUAAUAUUCCAUUUAUAGAGAUUUUUUACCAAUUCCGUCCACUCAAGAGU